AUGGACCACGAGCCGCGCAGUAAGAGGCAGCGCGAAGACGCCACUGAUAAUGAUGAAUUAUACGCCCAAGACCAACCUGGUUCUGCCGGUGCGAAGUCAAACGGCCGCCAGAUAUCCGCAGCCCGAGGAAGCAUUUUGGACGAUGAUCGUGACAACAGCGCGGGCUCCCCCACACAAUUACGCAAACCUUACGAUGCCCAUAAGGAAAGCCCUAGGGGGGAUCGUGUAGAAGGCUCUCCAGCUUCGGACAUCUCUGAGCAACGUCGACGCAAUGAUCUGGGAGUCACGUCGCCACUCACUCACCCGAAUGGCAUCUCUAUGUUCCCAGACAUGUCGGUCACCGAGCAGGAGGCCAUGUCUCGACAAGCUCUCGCCCAGGCCGAGGAAAACAUCGUUGCCGACAGCGACGAGUACAAUUCUGCAGACGAUGCCGGGUACGGGAGUGACAACAUGAGCUCUGCAAGCACCUCUAUCGGCUCAUCUGUUCGGGAUUAUAUGUUCGAGAAUGGCCGUCGUUACCAUAGUUUCCGAGCUGGAGCUUACAAUUUCCCCAACGACGACGUGGAACAGGAGAGAGAGGACAUGAAGCAUGCCAUGGUGAGGCUGCUUUCUGGUCAAAAACUUCACUUUGCGCCUCUGGGCGACAACCCGCAAAAUAUUCUUGACAUUGGAACUGGCACAGGAAUCUGGGCAAUCGAGAUGGGCGAGCAAUAUCCGAGUGCGAAUGUUCUCGGUAUCGAUCUCUCACCCAUUCAACCUACUUGGUUGCCACCCAAUGUUCAUUUUAUGGUCGACGACGUUGAGUCCUCAUGGCUUCAUCCCCAAAACCACUUUGACUAUAUUCAUUCUCGACACACAGUUCAAGCGAUCAAAGAUUGGCCUCGACUCUUUGAGAGCGCCCUCCAGCACAUGAAGCCCGGUGGCUGGAUGGAACUCCAAGAAAUUCAUCAUUAUCCCCACAAUGCGAGGACAGGCGAAGCUAUUCACCCCUACGACCACCCAAUCGCACAAUACUGGACCUAUAUCAACGAAGGACUCGCAACUCUCGGAGUUGACUUUCCUGCUGCGGCGGGAGGUAAAUUGGCUACUAAGAUGCACGCAGCCGGUUUCAUAAAUGUUACUGAGCGAAUAUUCCAUGUCCCUCUCGGAACGUGGCCCAAGAACCAAGUUCUCAAGACUGUUGGAUUGUAUUGGCGUACCAUUUUGAAUGAUGGCGUUCAGGCUAUUGCUCUCGGUCCAAUGUCAAGGGGGAUGGGAUGGAGCCGCGAGCAGAUUGAAGUGUUUCUUGUCAGUGUGCGAAGGGCAUACUGCGACAACACGGCGCUCCUGUACAUGCCUAUGCACAUCGUUUAUGGGCAAAAGCCACAUUAA